AGUAAGUUAAGAAUUAAACUUCCGUAACUGUAAUUCUCCAUCACAAUGCAGCAGGCGUAUUUUGGUCCUCAGCAGCCCAUGCUCCCGCCGGGCUGGCAGCUGUCUUACACGGCUGACGGGAAGCCUUACUACAUCGACCACAACACCAAGACGACGCACUGGACGAUACCGCCGACCGCGUACGAACCGUACUACAAUAACGGGCGCGGCCGUGGUGGCGCUGGAUACCGUGGCGGUCGCCAGGGCAUCGAUAGGACCAAGAUGAAGUCCAAGAUGUGUAUCUACUGGGAAAAGAACGGCAACUGCGCGUGGGGCGACCGCUGCGCGUUUGCGCACGGCGCCGAGGAGCUCCGUAACCCCCCUGCGCAGGCUCAGAACGGUGCUUCUCCUAAUGCGUAAGGGGCGAGCGAAGCCGUUAAAAAAGAAAAGAAGAACGUAAUGUAAAGUGGAACGAAGGAGCGGGGCAGUACUUCCGACGAAUUAUUUUUUGUUUCUAUCUCUUCAGAAUUUGGUCUUCCGGGAAAAAAGGAAAGUAAAAGAAGAUAAAUAUUUCUAUAAGGCAAAUUGAGGAGUAAAAUAACUUCUGUUAAAAAGAAAUAUUUAAAGUAACCCCUAUUAGACGUUUUUAGUUUUGUUAUAAAGCUAACCUAGUAGCAGGCGUGCAAGAAC